AUGAUGAGAGUACUUCCGUUUCUUUCCUCUAUUUUUUGUUACCCUUUGUUACCCUUGUUUUUAUCAGCAUCGUCAAAUUCAAUGUUUUUCUACUUUCCUUCAUUCAUUUUCUCGUUUCUUAGUUUGUUUAUUGACUGGUCCGUUAUAUUUUAUGGCAUUGUGGCUUGCAAUGUGUUUGUUGCCCUCAGGGAAGAUGGGGUUUACUGCAGACGUGAGGAGCACUCUCACAGCAAAGCUCAACUACUUGACUUAUUUCCCUCCUUUGACACAUCCAUUACUUCAUUUCCUUGA